GCCUCUGGCCUCUGGCAGCCUCGCUAAUAAUCUGGCACGAGCGACCGACAGGAUCUAAAUCCACUGUUUCCUCUUCGGACCCCUUGUCGGGAAUACCGUCGCUGAUCGCUGAACUCGCGCUGGUACUGUGCUAUAUAAAUCAAACACGCAUCGCUGGAUCGGCCUCUGUACUGGAAUGUCCAUAAGGACGCUUGGCUAUCUUCUCACCUAGAGCACACUAUACGGAAAGGAUUUCGCAAAGAUGGCAGCCCGGAAGCUACAAACCGAGAUUGACCGGACCUUGAAAAAGGUCUCGGAGGGAGUCGACCUCUUCGAGUCUAUCCACGAGAAGCUCAUGGCCUCCACGAAUGCGACUCAAAAGGACAAGUUGGAGACCGAUCUGAAGACGCAAAUCAAGAAGUUACAGAGACUUCGAGACCAGAUUAAAACAUGGCUCACUAGUAACGAUGUCAAGGACAAGACGCAGCUGAUGGAUAAUCGAAAGCUGAUCGAAUCCCAAAUGGAGCGGUUCAAGGCGUUAGAAAAGGAGAUGAAGACCAAGGCGUUUUCAAAAGAGGGACUCAUAGCAGCUACUCGGCUAGAUCCUCAGGAAAAAGCCAAAUUGGAGGCCAGGCAAACGAUCGAAGAGUUUGUCGACUCUCUCUCGAGACAGAUAGAACAGGCCGAAGCCGAGAUAGAGAUUCUUCAAGCGAGCUCUACAGGAGGUAGGGGUAAGAAAAGCGGAAAGAGCUCUAGUGCCGGAAAUUCUGAAGGACGGAUAGCGGAACUUGAGCGCUUGAACGAGCGACGGAGUUGGCACAUCAGCAAACUGGAAGCCGUAAUGAGGUUGUUGGAGAACGGCAAGCUCUCGGUCGAGCAGGUAACAGAAUUGAAGGAGGACGUUUCUUACUUUGUGGAAAGUAAUCAGGAAGAGGACUUUGAAGAGGACGAAGGCAUCUAUGAGGACCUCCACCUCGAUGAAGAAGAAGAUGGUCUGGGUUUGAUGCAAGAUCACGAAGACGGCCAGAGUGAAAGCGAUAUGCAAAGCGUUUCGGAAGACAUACGAACUCCUGCUAGACCAAGCGUUACCACCCGAACUUCGACCAGUGCAGGAGACGAAAUAAGUAAUCCGCCUAGUCCCGUAGCAGCGAGAAAGACGCCAUCGCGCAAAGCGACUUCUGAAGCCAAGACCCCAGUCCGUCAAGUUUCAAAUCCCUCUGUUCAGCCUGUCAGUCCGGCUUCGCGACAAACGAUACCCCCGCCUCUGCCUCCGAUCAAGUAUGCUGCCGCUGCUGCUGCCGCGGUUGCGCAAAAUUCAACCUCGACCGCGGCACCUGCCCAGCCUACUCCAAUGGUCGGCGCUCCCGCGACUUCCUCUGCUGAAGCCGCAUCUGCCGAUUCGAGGGCUAGCAUGUCUUCUCCUCAGUCGAAUCAGACCAGAACGAUUGAUACUCAGGUAACAGCGGAGUCGUAUGCGGGAACGGAUACGAACCUCAAUGCAACGAUCCACUCGGCUCGUGAGGCUUCUGAAACCGAAUCGCACAUAGCUCUACGUGCCAAAGCAUCUCCGCCGCAUGAAGUACCGACCGGCUCGAUUAAACCAUCAGAAGGCCUGAAUGCUGGCUCAGGUUCGUAUUUUGCUUCGAAUACGGAAAGCGCGUCGCCUUCGCUCUCGGUCGGCUACAAAGCGACAGGGAAACCCGUGCAGCUGCAGCCGACCGCACCGCCCAGUCAUCAACAUGCGCCUCAUGCACUUUCCGACUUGAUGUCGCAUUUCGAAAGUGUCAAGCAGAGGUCCACGGAUAGGCUGACCGAUGUCAAUUCCCUACAUGCAGCUCUCGAGAACGGUAUAUCUUCUGCUCCCGAACCCCGCGAUUCCGAGAGACCAAGAUAUUACCAUCCCCGUACGCCAUAUGUCACCCCCCAGUACUAUCCUCAACAGCCUCAUCCGGCAUUAGACAACAAGGAAAUCUAUUCCCGAAUGGACCUCGACACGCUCUUCUUCAUCUUCUACUAUCGGACAAAUACCUAUGAACAGUGGUGUGCAGCUCGAGAACUCAAGAGGCAAUCCUGGAGAUACCAUAAACAGUACCUCACCUGGUUCCAACGGCUUUCACAACCCCAAGCCAUUACGGACGAAUACGAGCAGGGGAUGUAUGUCUACUUUGACUGGGAGAAUGGAUGGGCGACACGGAAAAAGUCGGAUUUCCGAUUCGAGUAUUACUAUCUCUCGGAAGACUAAACAUGUUUUCAAUGGUCGCGACGUGUUGUAACGAUAUAGAUCUUUUCCUGGGGCUAUUUGUUUGACCGAUUUCAAUAUCCCAACAUGGGCAAUCAUGGCGCACAUUGUUACAACUACUGAAAGGUAGGGCAUUGUUGUGGCUCGCUCGAGCGCUGAAAGACAGCGACACCAGCAUCGAGACGUAAGGG